UGUUGUUAUGAUGAAGUAGCCUGGGCGGGUACUCAAACUACAUCAGGUUCACAAACUUUCACAAUGUCUGGUAUGCCAGAAUGGAUGGCUGACUUAAUUGAAAAGGGUACAAACGUAAAAGAAUGUCUCGAGAUGUGGCGUCAGGAGCAGGAAUCAAAGAGAGAGCUAGAAAGGGAGAGAUGGGCGCAAGAGAGAGAAGAGCGUCAGGCGCAGAGAGAAAGUGCAAAGUUAGAGGUAGAAAGAGAUGUGAAAUUACGAGAGUUAGCUAUAAGAAAAAAAGAGUUAGAACAUGCUAAAAUUGGGGGUCUCAACCCCAUGAGAUUAAAUGCCCACCUGUUAAGUUACCUAAGUUUGAGGAGGGACAGGACCCUUAUGUCUUUUUACGGUCGUUUGAAAAGAUAGCUGGGUUGCAGAAAUGGCAUAAAUCCCAGUGGGCUAUACGCUUAGUUCCUAUGUUAGCAGGUAAGGCUUUGGAAGCGUAUUCAAGGUUGUCGGAUGCAGAUAGUGAUAACUAUGAGAUUAUCAAAACAGCUAUUCUCAAGAGAUAUGAGCUUACUUCUGAAGAUUACAGGGAAAAAUUUC